AAAAAGAGGAGAAGGAGCGACAGCAGCAGCAGCAGCAAGCAAGCAAGCGACAGACCAAGCUUGGGAAGUAGCGAGACAAGUGAACAGUAGAGAAAGAAGUCGCUGCUCAGCAGAAACAGAAAAACACAAUGGCGGGCCACAAUUUCUCGCGUUACGUCUUGAACCUCUGGUCCGCAGUGUUUGCACCCUUCAACUUCAUCUUCACCCACAUCUGGCGCCUCUACACUCGAGCAAUCGAGAAGAGGGACAUUGCAUCCCUGUCGCCCUCACAACCCUCGGCUUCACCCACGUCCACUUCGCCUACUUCUGUCGCAUCUCAUGCUGCGACAACAGACAGUGCAACGCCUACAACGACAAUAGCAGCAGGCUCCUCUUCUGCGCCGUCUGUGUCUCCUCUCGGCCUGCAUCGUCUGCAUGAUCAGCACUCGUCACACUCGAUCGUCGACGAAGACCUGCCAGAUCACACCACCCCCAACGGCGUCGAUAGCGGGAACAGCGACACGGACCUCGAUUCCACUGUCACCUCAUCUUCACACGACCAUCAGCAUCGCGAGUUAAGAGACAUGGCGAAAAAACGCGGGGGCCGGGGACGAGGUGGUGUUAAGCCCUCCCUCCACCAAGCUACGACCGUGAAUCCUGUGGCCCCAGUCACUCCAGCUACAGCUACCGGUACAAUCACUGAUGAUACAGUCAAAGACUGGACUGCAUCUUCUACCCAGUCAGACCCAGGUGCUUCAGGUGACACGAGUUUGACUCCAAUCCACCCCAACAGCCCUGCCUUCACUCCAUCCAAACGAGAAAGCAACGGGAUCCGAGGUCGCAGCUCAGCCAUACCACAGCAGAAGCAGCCUGCUGACGACAGCAAAGAGAACCUUGUGUUCCCUAAACAUGAUGAUUCCGUAUCGCGUGCUGUUCAAUCAGGCUCUCCAGCACUGCCGCUGCUCGCUGUGAUGAAUAGCACAAGAGAGGCUCGGAAAACGGAUACCCGCAGCGACACAGACUUUGAUUCAUCUAGCACCGCUCAUACAACCAAUACUGUGUAUGACGAAAGUUCUACAUCCUUAUCAGAGGCCGACCAACUCCAUGUUGUCGCUGAUCGUCUUACUCUAGGUGAUGCGCCCUCCGCCAAACACAUCGUUCAGAGAACUUUGAAUGAUGCCACAUCUGCAGCUGAAGCUUCAGCUUUGCCAGUCCCUCUUGUUGUAGCAGUUCCAAUUCUGCCUCAGCUUCAGACUACGCAUGGCGAACAUCAGACGCUGUCAGCUCCCUCUUUGCCUGGAUUAAUCGAGCCCACGACCGAUGAGGGGAGAGCUGAACGUGAAUAUCACCUUAGAUUUAUGCGUGCAGCUCUUGAUAUGGGCGACCUGGCUCUUAGAACCAAUGAAACACCAGUUGGCUGUGUACUUGUGUAUAAAGGAAGAGUUAUUGCGAGGGGUAUGAACGCGACCAACGUCACUCGCAACGGUACUCGGCAUGCCGAGUUUAUGGCAUUAUCUGCAUUACUUUCCCGCCGACAGUCGAGUGAUAUCAAGGUGACUGAUAUCAACAUGGAUCUCGAUGAAGCGGCCUGGGGCGAUGUUGACCCUAGAGAUGGCCACAUCUAUCCUUAUGGCCAGAAGCUUCAUCCUGCGCCUAUUGUUGACCGUUCUAUCAUCUCCGAGUGUGUACUAUACGUCACAGUCGAGCCUUGUGUCAUGUGCGCCUCCCUUCUCCGCCAACUUGGCAUUAAGAAGGUCUAUUUUGGUGCUGUGAAUGACAAGUUUGGGGGAACAGGCGGCGUCUUUCGUGUGCAUAUGAAUUCGAAGCCAGUACCUAUCCCAAAAGACCGCCCUUAUCAGCUAGGGUAUGGCCCUCAAGACCUUAGUCUCAUAUCCAAGGGCAAGGCUGUAGCUUUACCCCGUGAUGAUGAUGAAGGUGAUGGUGGCAAUGUAGAACGUGGAUACCCCGUAGAAGGUGGCUAUCUUCGGGAUGAUGCAGUCUCCCUGCUCCGACGAUUCUACGUUCAGGAGAAUGGCCGAGCACCACAACCCCGCAAAAAGGAAGGUAGAGCUGCUCGACUUUACGCAGCUAUGGAAGGCCAAAACAAACCUACCAACACAUCUGACCUCUCUGAUAACGGCCCUGAGACGCCUGUUGAAAUUGAAGCCCCUGUGGCCCUAAAUGGCAAACCAGAAUCGGCAAUCAGUGUUGUAUGUGUCUGAAACCGCUGUCUGCGG